AUGGCAGCGCCGGCGUCUGAGAGCAUGGGAGGGAGAGGAAUAUGGCGGGAACACAAGUGUGGAAAGUGGAGAAGUCAAAUUCCAGCGUUGGGAUCAACACCAGCUCACCGCCGCCCUGGCAAAGCCCACGAGCUAAUGAAAUGUGAAAAUACUUGUGGGCGCGGCGACUAUGGGCUCAGCGAAAUCCAGCUCCAUAAACUGAUGAUUAAACCGAUGUCUCUGCGGCUCGGGCCUAAUUCUGCAGAGACGCUCCGCUUGACUUUGGCGGCUGCAGGGGUGAAGUUCGGGCCUGACAACGAGGAUCAGACGGAGACAAACGACGUCUGA